GGUGGAGCGCGAGAGCCGCUGAGGGGCAAGAACAGCCACCCUGUCCCCGCCCCGGCAGGGACGGCUCCCGGGGGCCAGCGGGGAUGUGGUGAGAGGGAGGCGCCCGGAUCCGGAGGGCAGCCUCGCCUCGGAGCCCGCGCUCCGCCGCCCCAGGAUUUUUGGCACAUGGAGGAAGGCGAUCAUCACUUAGAAAUUUAACUCAAUUUCACAUUUCAAGAUUUUGGGGUGCACAGAGCAGAAUAGUGCAGCCAUGUUUCGAAACAGUCUCAAGAUGCUUCUUACAGGUGGGAAAUCAAACCGCAAAAACAGGUCCAGUGAUGGAGGGAGCGAGGAACCACCAGACCGAAGACAGGCAAGUGUAGACUCCCGCCAGGGCCGAUCUGGGCAAGGCACCUCCACAGAGAACGACUGUGCUUUUGAACCAGACUACGCUAUUCCACCACUCCCAGUGACCGAAGGUAUGCAGCACAUUCGGAUUAUGGAGGGCAUGUCUCGCUCUCUUCCAUCCUCCCCCUUACUCACACAUCAGUCUAUCAGUGUUCGGCUCCAACCUGUGAAGAAAUUAACUGCCCCCCUGAGGAAGGCAAAGUUUGUUGAGAGCCCUCGAAUCCCAGAGUCUGAGCUUGGCUCACCAACGCUCACUUCAGCACAGAAACUGGACGUUGAUGCAUACUGCCCUGGUGAAGCUGAGCAGGAGCUGGGACCCCCUCCCUCCGUAGAUGAGGCAGCAAACACACUCAUGACUCGCCUGGGCUUCCUCCUUGGCGAGAAAGUCACAGAGGUACAGCCGGGGCCCCAGUACAGCAUGGAGGUGCAGGAUGAGAAUCAGACUUCAGCAGUAACACAGCGGAUAAGUCCCUGCUCCACGCUGACCAGCAGCACUGCCUCACCACCAGCCAGUAGUCCCUGCUCCACCCUCCCUCCAGUCAGUACAAAUGUUACAGCCAAGGAUUGCAACUAUGGGGCUGUUACCAGCCCUACAUCCACUCUGGAAAGCAGAGAUAGUGGUAUCAUAGCUACUUUGACAAGCUAUUCUGAAAACAUGGAGCGCACGAAAUAUGGAGGGGAGAGCAGCAAAGAACUAGGAUCUGGAGGAAACCUGAAACCUUGGCAGUCUCAGAAAUCCAGCAUGGACUCCUGUUUAUAUCGCGUAGAUGAAAAUAUGACCGCCUCCACCUACAGUUUAAACAAGAUCCCAGAAAGGAACCUAGAGACCGUUUUAUCCCAGUCUGUGCAGUCUAUUCCACUUUACCUUAUGCCACGGCCAAAUUCAGUAGCAGCCACCAGCUCAGCCCACUUAGAGGAUCUAGCUUACCUGGAUGAGCAGAGACAUACUCCCCUACGCACGUCCCUCCGAAUGCCUCGGCAGAGCAUGGCAGGUGCCCGCAUACAACAAGACCUAAGAGUACGCUUUGCACCUUAUAGACCUCCGGACAUCUCCCUGAAACCACUGCUCUUUGAGGUGCCAAGCAUCACCACAGAGUCUGUGUUUGUCGGACGGGACUGGGUGUUCCAUGAGAUAGAUGCACAGUUGCAGAGUGCCAAUGCCAGUGUGAACAGAGGGGUGGUGAUUGUUGGGAACAUUGGCUUUGGUAAAACUGCCAUUAUCUCCAGACUGGUUGCUCUCAGCUGCCAUGGCACACGAAUGAGACAGAUUGCCUCUGAUAGCCCACAUGCCUCCCCAAAACAUGUGGAUGCAAAUAGAGAGCUACCCCUAACACAGCCACCUUCUGCUCACUCGUCAAUCACGAGUGGAAGCUGCCCUGGAACGCCUGAAAUGCGCAGACGCCAAGAAGAGGCCAUGCGGAGACUCGCCGCGCAGGUUGUCGCUUAUCAUUACUGCCAGGCCGAUAAUGCCUACACCUGUCUUGUGCCCGAGUUUGUACACAACGUGGCAGCGCUGCUCUGCCGCUCGCCACAGUUUGUCGCCUACAGGGAGCAGCUGCUGCGGGAACCACAUUUACAGAGCAUGCUCAGCUUGAGAUCCUGUGUUCAGGAUCCCAUGGCCUCCUUCCGGAGGGGAGUCCUAGAGCCCUUGGAAAAUCUUCAUAAAGAGAGGAAGAUUCCAGAUGAAGAUUACAUCAUAUUAAUUGAUGGUUUAAAUGAAGCUGAAUUUCACAAGCCAGAUUAUGGGGACACCAUAGUAUCAUUCUUGAGCAAAAUGAUUGGAAAAUUCCCAUCCUGGCUGAAGUUGAUAGUGACAGUCAGGACAAGUCUACAGGAAAUAAUUAAGUUGUUGCCCUUCCAUAGGAUAUUUUUGGAUAGACUGGAAGAGAACGAAGCCAUAGAUCAGGACCUCCAGGCAUAUAUCCUUCAUCGAAUACACAGCAGCUCUGAGAUCCAGAACAACAUCUCCCUUAAUGGCAAAAUGGACAACACUACAUUUGGCAAACUCAGUUCUCACCUCAAGACCUUGAGCCAAGGGUCCUAUCUAUACCUAAAGCUCACUUUUGAUCUCAUAGAGAAGGGCUACCUGGUACUAAAGAGCUCCAGCUAUAAAGUAGUCCCAGUCUCUCUCUCAGAGGUUUACCUAUUGCAGUGCAAUAUGAAGUUCCCAACACAGUCUUCCUUUGAUCGGGUUAUGCCUCUCUUGAAUGUGGCAGUGGCAUCUCUGCAUCCAUUAACAGAUGAACAUAUUUUUCAGGCCAUUAAUGCUGGUAGCAUUGAGGGCACACUGGAAUGGGAUGACUUUCAGCAGAGGAUGGAGAACCUCUCCAUGUUUCUUAUCAAGCGUAGAGACAUGACACGAAUGUUUGUUCAUCCGUCUUUUCGAGAAUGGCUUAUCUGGAGAGAGGAAGGAGAAAAGACCAAGUUUCUUUGUGAUCCUCGGAGUGGCCACACGCUGCUUGCCUUCUGGUUUUCUCGUCAGGACGGGAAGCUAAACCGACAACAGACUAUUGAGCUGGGACAUCACAUUCUCAAAGCACACAUUUUUAAGGGGCUGAGUAAAAAAGUAGGGGUAUCCUCGUCUAUCCUGCAAGGGCUUUGGAUCUCCUACAGCACAGAAGGUCUUUCAAUGGCAUUGGCAUCUCUGCGAAACCUCUACACCCCUAACAUAAAGGUCAGUCGGUUGCUAAUUUUGGGAGGUGCAAAUGUUAACUACCGGACCGAAGUUCUGAACAAUGCCCCAAUUUUAUGUGUCCAGUCUCACCUUGGUUACACAGAGAUGGUGGCUUUGUUGUUGGAGUUUGGGGCCAACGUAGAUGCCUCUUCUGAAAGUGGCCUGACUCCUCUUGGAUAUGCUGCUGCGGCUGGAUAUCUGAGCAUUGUUAUGCUACUGUGCAAGAAACGGGCCCAGGUGGAUCACUUGGACAAAAAUGGUCAGUGUGCCCUGGUUCAUGCAGCUCUCAGAGGUCACCUGGAGGUAGUGAAGUUCUUGAUUCAAUGUGACUGGACGAUGGCUGGGCAACAGCAGGGGGUAUUUAAGAAGAGCCAUGCGAUACAACAGGCACUGAUUGCAGCAGCCAGCAUGGGCUACACUGAGAUUGUCUCCUACCUGCUCGAUCUUCCAGAAAAAGAUGAAGAGGAGGUGGAGCGAGCACAGAUCAACAGCUUUGACAGCCUGUGGGGAGAGACAGCUCUGACAGCUGCUGCAGGACGGGGCAAGCUGGAAGUAUGUCGUCUGCUUCUAGAGCAAGGAGCAGCAGUGGCCCAGCCAAAUCGACGUGGGGUGGUGCCAUUGUUCAGUGCAGUGAGACAAGGCCACUGGCAGAUUGUAGAUCUCUUACUCACCCACGGCGCUGAUGUAAACAUGGCAGACAAGCAGGGUCGGACUCCUUUGAUGAUGGCUGCUUCUGAGGGACAUCUAGGCACUGUGGAAUUCUUACUUGCACAAGGUGGGUCCAUUUCCCUAAUGGACAAAGAAGGACUGACUGCCCUUAGCUGGGCUUGUCUGAAGGGCCAUCUUUCCGUGGUGCGUUCCCUGGUGGAGAAUGGAGCUGCCACAGAUCACGCUGACAAAAAUGGACGCACUCCCCUGGACCUGGCAGCUUUUUAUGGUGAUGCAGAGGUGGUUCAGUUUCUGGUGGACCAUGGUGCCAUGAUCGAGCAUGUUGACUACAGCGGGAUGCGCCCACUCGACAGGGCUGUGGGGUGUCGCAACACUUCCGUCGUGGUCACUCUUCUGAAAAAAGGAGCGAAGAUAGGUCCAGCAACCUGGGCGAUGGCCACCUCCAAACCAGACAUCAUGAUCAUCCUGUUGAGCAAGCUGAUGGAGGAGGGGGACAUGUUCUAUAAGAAAGGUAAAGUGAAGGAAGCUGCACAACGCUACCAGUACGCGUUGAAGAAAUUCCCCAGAGAAGGGUUUGGAGAAGACCUGAAAACCUUCCGUGAGCUGAAGGUGUCACUCCUCCUCAACCUCUCCCGAUGUCGAAGGAAAAUGAACGAUUUUGGAAUGGCGGAGGAAUUUGCCACUAAAGCACUGGAGCUGAAACCGAAAUCUUAUGAAGCUUACUAUGCAAGAGCAAGGGCCAAACGCAGCAGCAGGCAGUUUUCAGCAGCCCUGGAGGAUCUGAACGAGGCCAUCAAGCUGUGUCCGAACAAUCGUGAGAUCCAGCGGCUGCUGAUGAGAGUGGAGGAGGAAUGUAGACAGAUGCAGCAGCAGCAGCAACCCCCAGCGGAGCCAGAACCUGAAGUUCAGCACGAAGAACUGUACUCUGUGCAAGAUCUCUUUGAAGAGGAGUAUCUUGAGCAGGAUGUAGAAAAUGUUUCCAUUGGCUUACAGACAGAGUCGAGGCCCAGCCAAGGGCUUCCCAUCAUCCAGAGCCCACCCCCAUCCCCUGCUCACCGGGAUUCAGCCUAUAUUUCGGGUUCGCCUCUUGGGUCACAUCAAGUUUUUGACUUCAGAUCCAAUAGUUCUGUGGGUUCACCAACAAGACAAGGGUACCAGUCCACCUCUCCUGCUCUGUCUCCAACACACCAGAACAAUCAUUACAGACCUAGUCCGCCACAUACUUCCCCUGCUCACCAAGGUUCCUCUUACCGCUUCAGUCCACCUCCAGUUGGAGGUCAAGGGAAAGAAUAUCAAAGUCCACCACCUUCACCCCUCCGUAGAGGUCCUCAGUAUCGAGCCAGCCCUCCUGCAGAAAGUAUAAGUGUCUAUAGGUCCCAGUCUGGCUCCCCAGUACGUUACCAGCAAGAACCUAGUGUUAGCCAACUCCCUGGUAGACCAAAGUCUCCGUUAUCCAAAAUGACACAGAGGUCCUUCCAGAUUCCCCAGCUUCCUGUUGCAGUCCCACAGCCAGGGCACAGGCUACAGCCAGCCAAGGCACAGAUUGUAAGAAGCAACCAGCCGAGCUCUGCCGUGCAUUCUAGUACUGUGAUUCCAACUGGUGCUUACAGCCAAGUCGCCCAUUCUAUGGCCAGCAAAUACCAGUCUGCAUCAGGGGAAAUGGGAGUUGGUCAGAGUAGGUUGGUCUACCAAGGUUCAAUUAGUGGAAUAGUAGGUGAUGGUAGACCAGUGCAACAUGUGCAAGCCAGUCUUAGUGCAGGAGCUAUCUGCCAGCAUGGAGGGCUAACUAAAGAAGAUCUUCCACAGAGGCCUUCCUCAGCAUACAGGGGUGGAAUGAGAUACAGUCAGACCCCUCAGAUUGGGCGCAGUCAGUCCGCUUCCUAUUAUCCGGUCUGUCAUUCAAAGCUUGAUCUGGAACGUUCUUCCCUUCCCUCCAGCCAGCUUGGUUCUCCUGAUGUGUCUCACCUAAUCAGAAGGCCCAUUACUAUCAACCCUAACGAAAUAAAGCCUCACCCACCAACUCCAAGACCGCUGCUUCAUUCCCAAAGUGUUGGCCUCAGAUUCUCCCCUUCUAGCAAUAGCAUUUCAUCCACCUCCAACCUGACUCCUACCUUCCGCCCUUCUGCUUCUAUUCAGCAAAUGGAGAUCCCUCUCAAGCCAGCCUAUGACAGAUCAUGUGAUGAACUUUCUCCAGUCUCUCCACCUCAGGGGAGUUACCCCAGUGAACCAGCCCGUUCCAGGACCACGCCGUUCAUGGGAAUUAUAGAUAAAACUGCUCGGACUCAGCAGUACCCCCAUCUCCACCAACAGACCCGGACCUGGGCUGUGUCUUCAGUGGAUACUGUUAUUAGUCCGACAUCUCCUGGAAACCUCCCCCAGCCAGAAUCGUUUAGCCCACCUUCUUCAAUCAGCAACAUUGCCUUUUAUAACAAAACCAACAAUGCACAGAAUGGCCAUUUGCUAGAGGAAGACUAUUACAGCCCCCAUGGGAUGCUAGCCAAUGGGUCCCGGGGAGACCUCCUGGAGAGAGUCAGCCAAGCCUCCUCAUAUCCAGAUGUUAAGGUGGCUAGGACACUGCCCGUUGCACAGGCCUACCAGGACAACCUGUACAGGCAGCUGUCCAGGGACUCUAGACAAGGGCAGACAUCCCCUAUCAAACCAAAGAGACCGUUUGUGGAGUCUAAUGUGUAAAAGACACUUGUUGGAGUAAGACCCUUAUGUUUUCAGCACACGUUUCCAGGCUUGAUUCCCACCUAUAUUUUUAUUAUUACUCUUAUUUCUCUUUGGUAGCUACAUGAGCAAGUUUCUCCGGUAAUUUCUGUGUGGUGAUCAGACAGCCAUGCACGCGCUCAGAAUCUUUUGGUAUCCAGCUGACGGUGAAGCCAACAUCAAACAAGCCAGUAUUGUUUGCCCAAUUCAGACUGAGUUCCCUCCCAGGUUUCAGCUGUCAAUCAGGAUAUGUUAGUGUACCCAUGGAGUGGGUUAACCCAGAUAGGUCCCCUAUGGGAGGUAACCAGCUCUUUGCAAGCGGUCAUGUUCAAAUCUAAUUGGUUUCUUUGGUUUUAAGGAGCUCUCAUGUAAAAUGCUUAUGAAAAUUCCUAGUGGAAACUGGCUAAGAAUUGGCAGCCUUUUCAAAAUUUGCAUUAUCCGGUAUUCCCCUAGACAACCAGAGCCUUCCUCUUCCCACUUGUGUCUUGCCCACAAAGAGCUCAUUACCUGCACCAAAUGGGGCUUUGUUUGCUUUUAAUAACAAGUAGCUAUGCAUAAUAACCGACCUGUUUGUGCUGGUUGUAUAGCAUUUUAAUCUGAAUUGGAUUGUUUGUUGUUUUUAAUAACGUAGCCUCUCGCAAUGAGUGGGGCCCAUAAGAUGCUUUGCUUCUUUGACAGCUGCGUUCCAAAUGCCACAGUAUUGAUUUACGCUGAGGCGUUUUAAAAAUAUUUAGAGAGCAAUCAAACUCUGCCCCUUUUGUGAAUUUUAAUCGGCCAAAGGAAUUGGCUAGAAACCCCUUGUGCAUUUUGUAAGCAGAAUUAACCACAAUCUUUUCUUCACACCUCCAGCAGAUGAUUGCAUCUCACACACACCACCACGUUUUCACCAGGACAGUUUAAUGGUUUUUCAUUUUGCUGGCAAGGAAAAUUUGAAUAGGAAAACCUUAAUGGAGGAAGAAAUCUAAAAUCUUUUUUUGAUCAUGCUGCAUAACGUGACAUGGAGGUUUCCAAGCCAGAAAGUGUCCAAGGAGUCACUUUAGUAAAGUCCUUCUGAACACACAGCCUUGCCUUGCCAUUUCCUUUGUGUUUGCACCUACUCUUUGGAAGCUGCGUGCGGUAGUGAGGGGCUGCCCUCCUCUAAGGGAUUAAUGAGUAAAAUGUGUGUCUCUUAGAGCUGCAAGAUUUGUUCCUGGAAUUUUGGAAGGCGGUUGCUGUGUUCCAUACCUGUAAAUGUUAGAGACAAUGUUUGGCUCUUUAAGGACCUGUAGUUAAGAGAGAGAUAUUUAUAAUUAAUUUAUGUGAUCGAUUUCAGGAAAAUGUUUUUGUUUUGGUCUGGUUUCUUUCUUUUUUUUCUUUCCAAUCAGAUGCUACUAGUGUUGAGUCAGUGUGAAAAGCAGGGGACAUUUCCGAAAACCAUUUUUACAGAACUGUCCAAGCAUUUUCUGGAGUUUUGUUUGCGUAGAGGGAGCUUUCUUUGCAUAGGUUUGAUUUAUUGUUGGUUACGUUUUUAAGCAGCCUUUUCAGUAACUGAGGGCAAACAGCCAGGUGGAUGGGAGGAGCAGUAAUAUUGUAGCUUGUUUUAAAGCAAAACAGUGCCUGUUGCCCAGUAUUGCAUCUCACAUCAAUUCUUAAAAAGGGAAUUGGUCCUUAGAAAGAGUUAACGCUGUUUGUUUCCAAAGGGCUACGUGAAUCUAGUCAUACAAGGAAACAUUCAUUGAACCAAAUUAAGGGCAGAUCCUCAGCUAGUGUAAAUUGGCGUCACUCCGUUGUGACCGCAACACAGCUACGAUGUUUUAAACCAGUUGAGGAUCCAGCCCCAAAACUCUUAGCAAACCCGGGCUUCGAUGAGCUUUUCACUUGUGUGGAGCUGUAAAGUGAUCAGCACCAUUUGUUGUAAUUUCACUUCUUAGACCAAACUGAGUGGCGCCACGCUUGGGACAGAUCGGGUGUGUGUCUCACUGACAGAUGGAAAGUACUCUUGAUUUUGCAUCUGUGUUCUUUGGGGAUUACGUUUCUUCCACUCGGAUAUUUGUGGGACACUUUUAUAUUUCUCCAAGACAGUCUUUGUAUUGGAGGUUUGUUUUUUUCCCCAAGGGGCAAGAAGGUGCAAGUCAGAAUUUUCUCCCUUUGCUUUACGACAGGGAUCUCUCCCAGUUACCUGUGCCUCCUUCCCAACACAUUUAGACUGGGCCACGAGGAAAGGAAGCUGCAUGCACUAUUUCUGUCAUUGAAAAGGAACUGACCAGUAUUGUUUCUCUCUUUUUUAAAGUGUGUUCUACCUUAUAAGGAGCAACUGAUUGUUUGAAUCUCCCUACAGUGCACCAACCUAGCUAGACUGUGUCCAUUGAUUUUAUUUUAAUAGCAUCUUGUUUUUAUUCAAAGCCCCGUCUUUCUUGAACAAAUGAAUGGCUUUUUAGCGUCAGUAGUUUCUUCUGAAAGGAAAAAGUAAUCACAUUUUACCCCGUCCCUUUUUUAUAUACAGUUAAGUGAGCCAUGCUGCUGCCAUAAGCCAGUCAUCUCUAAUCUUAUUGUUAAGAGACUCCAAACUGGAUGAUCCUUGUCGAAGAGAACGCCAUUGUAAUAUCUCUGACUGUGCUUUGCUUUGCUAGUCACUGCCAUGUGAGUCCAGUACUGUACUUUAGAAAUGUCCCCUAAAAGCACUUACAUGUACAACUUCGGGUUUAUGAAGAUGUUUUAAGGAGAAAAAAAAAACCAGUUCACACUUUAACACUAAUACAAAAAUGAAACAACGCUUAAAUACUGUAGCGUGCAGGGUUUUUUUCCACAGUAUCAUGUGUUACAUUUUCACAGGAUUCUUGCACUAAUGGUUUACCAUCUGUUCUCUCUGUAAAUGGGUGCACUUUACUGUUUGAAUUUGUUACUAUGAUAAAUACUGGAUAUUUAA